CGGCUCCGCCCCCGCCUGUCUGUGUCUGCAGUGGCCGCCAUCGAUAAAGUUGUUGUUCUGCCAACAUGGCGGCGCCCGUGGUGACUGGCCGGGCCGUGUUCGCCUAAGGUGGGAACCGAGGCGUAAGGAGCCGCAGGCCAGAGCCUGUGAGCAGGGCCUUCCCUCCUUUUGAAGAAUGGCUCCUUCUUGGCAGAGGCUGGGUUUAUAUGCCUCUCUUCUGAAAAGGCAGCUACGUGAUGGUCCAGAUGUCAUCAAAUGGGGAAGGAGAGUGAUUCCAGGAUGUUCCAGAGGUAUUUACAGUGCCACGGGAAAGUGGACCAAAGAGUAUACACUGCAGACAAGAAAGGAUGUGGAGAAAUGGUGGCAUCAACGAAUAAAAGAACAGGCCUCCAAAAUUUCAGAAGCUGAUAAAUCAAAGCCCAAGUUUUACGUGCUUUCCAUGUUCCCUUAUCCUUCCGGCAAGCUGCACAUGGGCCACGUGCGUGUGUACACCAUCAGCGACACCAUUGCACGCUUCCAGAAGAUGAGAGGGAUGCAGGUUAUCAAUCCCAUGGGAUGGGAUGCAUUUGGAUUGCCUGCCGAAAAUGCUGCGAUCGAGAGGAAUCUACAUCCAGAAAGUUGGACACAGAGUAAUAUUAGACACAUGAGGAAACAACUUGAUCGACUGGGCCUGUGUUUCAGCUGGGAUAGAGAAAUAACCACGUGUUUACCAGAUUACUACAAAUGGACUCAGUAUCUCUUUAUUAAACUCUAUGAAGCUGGACUGGCCUAUCAAAAAGAGGCCUUGGUUAACUGGGACCCAGUGGAUCAAACAGUGCUUGCCAAUGAGCAGGUGGAUGAACAUGGCUGUUCGUGGCGUUCUGGAGCGAAGGUGGAACAGAAGUACCUCAGACAGUGGUUUAUUAAGACAACUGCUUAUGCAAAGCCCAUGCAGGACGCGCUGGCAGACCUUCCGGAAUGGUAUGGAAUAAAAGGCAUGCAGGCCCACUGGAUCGGGGACUGUGUGGGCUGCCAUUUGGACUUCACAUUAAAGGUUGAUGGGCAAGUCACAGGAGAAAAGCUGAGCGCCUACACGGCCACCCCCGAGGCCAUUUACGGCACCGCCCACGUGGCCAUCUCUCCCAGCCACAGACUCUUACAUGGGCACAGCUCUCUGAAGGAAGCCUUUCGGAAGGCUCUCAUCCCUGGCAAAGAUUGCCUCACGCCCGUGACAGCUGUGAACAUGCUCACCCAGCAGGAAGUCCCUGUUGUCAUCUUGGCCAAAGCUGACUUUGAGGGCUCUCUGGAUGCAAAAAUAGGAAUUCCCAGCACCAGCUUAGAGGACACUGUCUUAGCCCAAACCCUGGGCCUGUCGUACUCUGAAGUCAUUGAAACCAUGCCAGAUGGCACGGAGAGACUGAGCAGCUCUGCGGAGUUCACAGGUAUGAACCGGCCGGAUGCAUUUCUAGCCCUGACUCAGAAAGCCCGGAGGAAGAGAGUGGGCGGAGAGGUGACAAGUGAUAAAUUGAAGGACUGGCUGAUCUCUCGGCAGCGGUACUGGGGCACGCCCAUCCCCAUGGUCCACUGCCCGGCCUGCGGUCCUGUGCCCGUGCCUCUGGAGGACUUGCCUGUGACCUUGCCCAGCAUCACCUCUUUCACUGGCAAGGGAGGCUCCCCACUGGCCUCAGCUUCGGAGUGGGUGAAUUGCUCCUGCCCUAGGUGCAAGGGAGCAGCCACGAGAGAGACAGAUACGAUGGAUACCUUUGUUGAUUCUGCUUGGUACUACUUCAGAUAUACCGACCCUCAGAAUACUCAGAGCCCUUUCAGCACAGCGUUGGCAGAUUACUGGAUGCCUGUGGAUUUGUACAUUGGAGGGAAAGAACAUGCUGUCAUGCACUUGUUCUAUGCAAGAUUCUUUAGUCAUUUUUGCCAUGAUCAAAAAAUGGUCAAGCACAGAGAGCCUUUUCAUAAACUGCUGGCCCAAGGCCUUGUCAAGGGGCAGACGUUCCGCCUACCAUCUGGACAGUAUCUACAGCGAGAGGAAGUAGAUCUCACAGGUUCUGUUCCUGUUCAUGCAAACACGAGGGAGAAGUUAGAGGUGACUUGGGAGAAAAUGAGCAAAUCCAAGCACAAUGGCGUGGACCCCGAGGCCGUUGUGGAGCAGUACGGCAUUGACACCAUCCGGCUCUACAUCCUUUUCGCCGCCCCUCCUGAGAAGGAUAUCUUGUGGGAUGUAAAAACCGACGCUCUCCCUGGGGUGCUGAGAUGGCAGCAGCGUCUCUGGUCCUUGGCAACUCGAUUUAUCGAGGCCAGGGUUUCUGGGAAGGUUCCCAGGCCUCAGCUGUUGAGUAACGAGGAGAAAGCCGAGGGCAGGAAGCUGUGGGAGUACAAGAACUCCAUCAUCUCUCAGGUGACUGCCCAUUUCACAGAGGACUUCUCACUGAAUUCUGCGAUUUCUCAACUGAUGGGACUCAGCAGUGCCCUCUCGCAAGCUUCUCAGAGAGUUGUUCUCCACAGCCCUGAGUUUGAGGAUGCUCUCUGCGCCCUGAUGGUGAUGGCUGCUCCCAUGGCCCCUCACAUAACCUCGGAGCUCUGGGCAGGCCUGGCGCUGGUGCCAAGGAAGCUGUGUACUCACUACGCCUGGGACACCAGUGUGCUGCUUCAAGCCUGGCCAGCUGUGGACCCGCAGUUCCUCCAGCAGCCCGAUGUCGUACAGAUGGCGGUUCUGAUCAACAACAAAGCCUGCGGCAAAAUCCCUGUGCCCCAACAAGUUGCCCAGGACCAGGACAAAGUCCACGAACUGGUUCUCCAAAGUGAACUGGGUGUCAGGCUCUUACAGGGGCGAAGCAUCAAGAAGGCCUUCCUCUCCCCCCGAACCGCCCUCAUCAACUUCCUGAUACAGGAGUGACUGCAGGGAUGCUGCGGCUACCACGAGGGCUUGAGGCACCUCCUCCAGAUGUGCUGUGAGGAGGUUAACAAGCAGGGCCCCACUUUACGGAUGGGCAGACUGAGGCUUGGAGCUGUCGGGGAACCUGCCUGAGGUCGCCAGCUGGUGAGUGUCUGGAGGUGGGUGCUGUUGGUUUCCGUUUCAUGAUCUGGGUGCUGAUGGCAGAGUUUAUGAGGAUUUGUUGACCUGUACGCUUAAUGUGUAUGAGUUUUCAGAAUCUCUAUUUCCUCAAAUGUUCACUUUUUUUAAGAAGUCUAUAUAAGCUACAAGGAUAUAUAUUGUACAACACAGGGAAUACAGCCAAUGUUUUAUAAUAACUAUACAUGGAAUAUGACCUUUAAAAAUUGUGAAUCACUGUAUUGUACACCUAUAACUUAUAGAAUAUUGUACAUCAAUUAUGCUUUAAGAAAAAAAAAAUCUAUAACACCAAGUGCUAAAAGCAAAAAAAGCCAGUCAUGACCUACCCAGCAGGACCCUGGGCCAGCCUCCCACAGCUCAGAGGCUCCACCGCCCCACAGGGACGGUGCCCACCAGGAUGCGCGAGGUCAUCAGCUCUGGUACACAGUGAGUGCUUAGCACAGGAUAGUUCCUUUCUCUUCCCCUUUUCCGCGCUUUCGUGGCCUGAGACAGGGCCCUGCGGAAGGGAGCAGAGAAGGAGAGGAGGAUUCAGAGACCUGACCUUGGUUUCCCCAUUUCCCCUCCCAGAGCCCUCUCUUUCCCUGCGGCCACAAAUGACUGCCUGGUGGUCACAGGUGGGGCAGUUGAGCUGAGGCACAGCCCCAGGGCCAGGGCAGGGGUCAGAGGUCUGGGCGGGGGCCUGCCUAGGGUAACGACAAACAGGAGCCUCCCAGA